AUGAUGAAUCAAUACCAUCAUUCUCAACCAUAUACAAAUUUUCCAUCUCAUCAUUUUCAUUCUAAUAAUACAACAACAACAACUAUUUUUCAAACACCAUCAACACAAUAUAAUUUACUUGAUGAAAAUUAUAUUUAUACAUCAUUUUCACCAUCUAAACAUCAUCAAACUACAAUAUUUUAUGAUUCUGAAAAUUCUUAUGAACAAUAUUCAAUUGAUAAUACAAUAACAACUGAAUCAAUUUAUCAUCCAAUACAAUCAUUUGAUCAAUGUCAUAAUUAUUCAAAUAAUUUACAAUUAAAUCAACAAUCAUAUGAAGAUUUUUCAUUAUCUAAUAAUCAUCAAAUACAAACUAUUGAACAGUCAUCAAUUGAACAACAACAGCAAGAACAACAACAACCAAUGGUUGUUACUGAAACAACAAAAUAUAAAUGGAUGCAAAUUAAACGUACACCAGCUAAAACAUCAAGUAAACCACCGAUAGAUUGUAUCUAUGGUUCAUCAACAGAUUAUUUAAUGAAUAAUUCAAUAAAUACAGGUCGAACAAGUUAUUCAAAUAAACAAUUAACUGAACUCGAAAAAGAAUUUCAUUUUAGUCGUUAUUUAACACGAGCAAGACGUAUUGAAAUAGCUACAUUAUUACAAUUGAAUGAAAAUCAAGUAAAGAUUUGGUUUCAAAAUCGUCGUAUGAAAGAUAAAAAACGAAAACAUGGAACUGAUAAUCUGGCAUAUGAUUCCAUGUGA